AUGAUAUCUGAAACUGUAUCUGAAGUUCAUUUGUUAAGUGGUGACAACUAUAAAGAAUGGAAAGAUAAGAUUCUCUUUCAUUUAGGGUGUGCAGACCUUGACUAUACUCUUGGUAGGGAAGAGCCUCCGACACCUACUGAUGCUAGUUCUCAAGCCGAGGUAGCAUUAUACGAACGGUGGGAGAAAUCCAACCGUUUAAGUAUGAUGUUCAUUAAGUCUCGUAUUUCAGCUAGUAUCCGAGGUUCAAUUCCUGAUUGUAGGAAUGUCAAGGAUUAUAUGAAGGCUAUUGAUGAACAGUUUGAGUCUUCUAGUAAGGCACUCGCAAGCACCCUAAUGGCACAAUUGUCAUCUAUGAGGCUUACCGACGUAAGAGGUGUGCGUGAACACAUCAUGAGGUUGGGAGACAUUGCAGCACAACUGAAAGCUUUAGAGGUUGAGAUCUCUGACUCAUUUCUGGUGCAUCUUAUUCUAAAUUCUCUUCCUAUCCAGUACGGACCAUUUAAGAUUUCUUAUAACACACAUAAGGAAAAAUGGUCCAUUAAUGAAUUACUGGUGAUGUGUGUGCAAGAGGAAGGAAGGCUAAUUCAGGAACUUGGUGAAAGUGCACUAUUAGUGACAAAUGAGGGUAGUAAAAAGCAAGCUCAUAAGAAGAAAGGAAAGGGUAUUGUAUCCCAUCCUAUGAAGAAAGAAGGUGCACGGUGUUUCUUUUGUAAAAAGAAAGGACACAUGAAGAAGGAGUGCCCAAAAUUUAAAGUUUGGCUUGAAAAGAAAGGGUUUCAUAAGGAAAAGGAAACCGAUAGGAAGUGA